AGAGUUUCAGUUCAAACUUCAAGUGAAAAGAAUCUCUGAACUUCUUCCAGUUUCUUUGGAGAAAAACAAAAAGCAGAGAAGAAGAGCCGGCGGGUCCAGGUCUGACUGAUCCGGUUCAAACGGAAAUCUGACUUCUUCUGUGGCUCUUUAGUUUUUCUUCUUCUGCUCUUGUUGGAUUUAAGUGGAAGCAGAUGGUCUGCCUGCCAGACUGGCUGCCUGUUUUUAACUCCUCUCUGACGCCACCAGACUUCUCGCGUUUUCCUCGAGUUUUAACGUCUGAAGUUUGAACAGGAAACACUCGGUUGUAACUUUGUGUAAAAGGAUCUUUUUCUGCUUUUUUUCAUGAGACGGAGCCGUUACGUUUCCAGCUUUACUGUGAGGUUUCAUCAGCUGACAGGACGGCGGUAGUUUCUGGCACAGACGCGGAUGAAGACGGUGUGUUGCGCACUUUGUAUUUUGAGGAUAAUCGGAGAAACGAAGGAGAAAAGUUUUCCUUUGAAGUGUCAGAUGUGUCUGUUUAAAGCCGCAUGAUCCCACCGAGGAGCAGAGGAGAUGCAGUUCGCCUGCUCUGAAGCGAACUCUUCUCCUUCGCCGCGCGUCUGGGAAACGACCCGUCGCGCGCACAGCGUCCGGUUCAAAGGUACAGCUGAUUAAAUUUAGUUUGUUGCUGCUGAAACCGUCUGGACUCUGGUGGAUCCACUGAUAGAUCCAUUAAUACAGUUAAUCAGUAGGCCUACGUUUAUCCGUUAAUAAACUGUCUAACACUUAUGAGAGAAGUUGAUUCGGGAGCCUAUCAGGAGGCAGCAGUGAGGAGAUGAAGAUGAUGGAGGUGAUGAAGAUGAGGAGGAAUGUAAAGUGAUGCGGUGCCUCCGGGCUUCAGCCGGGAUGCUGCUCCGCCGCCGGUGCUGUUCCGGGCCGCUGCUGCUGCUGCUGGGGGCGGCGGUGACCCUGAUGGUGGCCCGGACCCGGCUCCGGUCCGGACACCAGCAGCCCGCCGCCGCCGCCGCCGCGGAGGAUGAUGAUGAUGAAGACGUCCGCAGCAGGAAGCCGUCAGAUGGAGUCCUGAUGGAGGAAACCAGGAAGUUCAUCACACACCUGCAGACUUUACAGAAAGAGACUCAGAUCCAGUCGUGGUCUCGGCGGCGGCGGGUCGUGGUUCUGACGGGUCGGCACGUCGUCAGCGACACCGAGGUCCAGCUGUACCAGAGAGUCCUGCAGCAGCUGGACUACGAGGUCCAGAUGUCCAGAUACGCAGAGACCAGCAGCUUCCUGCGAACAAACCACGGUGUGAGUGGGUGGAGCCUGCUGCUGUGUCUGAGCAGCUCGGAGAGAAGCUGUCUGAGGAGAGUCUCCUUCUCUCACCUGCAGCAUCAGCAGAGGGUGAACUUGUUACCUGGUCUGAUGGAGGCCUUCUCUGACGCAGGUUCUGGUCUCUGUCAACUCUUCACUCACCUGUCAGGAUCUGAAUUACCCAUGAGGUCACACGCCUGUGGAUCGACCAAUCACAAGCUAGAGUUUCCUCACGAGUCAACGGGAUCCAACAGUCAGUCACCUGUCGGAGCCCCGCCUCUUGGCCUGGUUGCCAUGGUGAAUGUUUACGUUCUGGUGACCUCACUGAGACCACUGACUUCCUUCCUGCAUGACAUCAGCGUAGUGACGACCAAUCAGGAGCAGAGGGGCCGGCCCACUCAGCUCAGGAACUUCCUUCUGCACCAGCUUGGACAAACAGCCUCCCAUGAUGCUUUGGGGCAGGUGAAGCAGGCAAUAGGUGAGGUGCUGCAAGCUGCAGCGUCAACCAAUCAGAGGGAGGAAACGCUGAACAGGUGUGUGUUGUGUUACCAGCUGCUCACCUUCACUCUGCUGUUCAGCGGCUCUGUCACACCUGUCAUCGUCCAGGUGGAUACUGAUUUAACCUUCUCUGCUCUGAGCGACGACACGUUCGACCGACAGAUUACCAAAGACCUGAUCCUGGAGGACUCGCUCCACUUCCUGCUGUCCUCAGAGACGCACCUGUCCUCAGAGACCGGCAGGGGGCAGUACGGUGGCUGCAGAGGGACACUCGGCGUCUGUCUGUCAGAGGACGAACUUCUUCUUCUGCUUCAGUUUCACCAGCAGAUGAUGAAGCCUUCAGCUUUUCAGCUGUUGUAUCCGAGCGUCUCCUCUUCUUCCUCUUCCUCUGGUCCCCUGAGUGUCUCUGACCUCCUGCUCAGAAUCAGCCGUUACUACGAGCUCCAGAGGAACCACAGCAACAGGAGUGACCGAACAGAGGCUUCGACCAAUCAGGAGUCUUCUUCACAGGAUGCAGCUGAGGGUAAAGGUCAGUGUGUGGACCCCCACCUGAGACAGAUCUACACCGACCCCCCCCUCAUGCUGACCCCACCCUUCAGCCCCCGGGUGAAGGAGUACCGCGCCGAGGUGACCUUUGACACGGUGACGGUUCGGAUCCGACCAGAGCCCGUCAGCUCGGCCUGCAGGGUUCACCUGGACGAGCACCAAGGACCCAGGAUGGCGAACGUCCCCGUUGGCCUUGGCAACAGCAGGAUCAGCAUCCUGGUGACAGACGGUGGCACGCUGGAGCCCGUUGUCAUGACGAUCUACACGGUGCACAUGUACCGUGAGAGCCGGCCCAGCCUGCCAAUGUUCGGAGAUCAUGUGAUGUGCAGCUUUCUGCAGGACUGUGGUCUGCUGGUUCAGCCGGGUCGGUCUUGUGGUCUGGAGUCUUUCAUCAUGUCUCAGAGUCCACUUCAGACCUGCAGCUCAGGACAUGAACCAGGUCGGUGGGUGGUGCCAUGUCUCAGCUGUUCUGACAACAGGACGUGUGAUUGGAGGGAGGUUGCCUGGCAACCAGACGGCUGUUACCACCCACUAGUGGACCGCCCGCUGCUGCAGGACUGUAUGAUGGACAGGAAGCUGUUGUUCAUCGGCGACUCGACCAAUCGCGGGAUGAUGUACUUCCUGAUGGAGCGGGUGAACUCCAGCCUGGAGGACUGGGGGAAGGCUCACGACACGCUGGUCUACAGGAACCUGAACGGGGGUCGGACGCUGGUCGGAUACUCGUAUUAUCCUCAGUUCUGGUUGGAGAAGAAGCGGCGACCGACGUUCAGACAGGCGCUGCAGCAGCUGCUGCACAGGUCACGACCUCUGCAGAACUCUCACCUGACUGUGCUGGUGGUGGGCGGAGUCCAGUGGCUCAACACCAACCACCUGGCGACGGUCAGAGAGGUGCUGGACAGAGAGUCCCUCAGUGAGAUCCUGGUGGUGGUGAAGUCUUUGGGGAUGGGCUUCCAUCUUCCUGUGAACGGGAUCCGGUCUCUCAGUCUGAGAGAAAUCCAAGAUCUGUACCAAGAGAACCGCAACAUCAUCACCACAGCAAAGCAUCAUGGGUAUGAGGUGAUCGACACGUUUGGCAUCACGAUGGGUCGAUACAAAGAGUUCCUGCAGGGACGAUGCGCCUGCCACUUUCAUGAGGUGGAGAAGUUAUCUUCCUCCGAGUCUUCAGGCGACACAACGUCCACGACCAACAGAACCAGAUUCACCAGACCUGGACCCGCACUCAGCAGCCAAUCAGCCACCCUGAACACUAAUCAGGAGGCGGGGUCUAAUGCCUCGUCCUAUCACGUGAGAGGACCAGUGAACCAGGUGUACUCUGAGAUCCUGCUGAGCCGCCUGUGUCCCAGAAAUACCUGAGAGAGUGUGUGUGUGUGUGUGUGUGUGUGUGUGUGUGUGUGUGUGACCUGAACUUGAAAGGUCAUGAGGUCAUGAGGUCGCCGUCUG